UAUUGCAGCACGCCGCUCUUGUGUCAUUAUCACUCAACUGAACUUCUCACAUACAAACCAACGAGGUUGUGGGGUUUCAGCGGACACGUACAAACCAUCAUUCACAGCGUCAUAGGGCGCGUUCGAUGCCCUUGGCCUAUUGGCGAACGCGUGUACAUCGGUCUUCCGGAUGAUACCACUCUUACGUACGAUCUUUAUCAGCCGUUGACCAACGGACAUGAAGAUGAUAUUACGAUAGCUAUCUGUCCCGGCAUCGGUAACAGCUCAGAAAGUGUUUACAUCAGGACAUUCGUGCACUUCGUCCAAUGUCAUGGCUAUCGAUGUGCGGUACUUAAUCACGUAGGGGCCCUUUCCAGUGUCAAGAUCACAGCACCAAGGAUAUUUUCUUACGGUCACACGGACGAUUAUAACACAAUGUUACAAAAUCUGAUAGAAAAACAUCCAAACACCAAAAUAGUUUGUAUCGGCUACAGCUUAGGCGGUAAUUUAGUGACAAAAUAUCUCGGAGAACGAGGUUCCAACAAAUUGCCUAACAUUAUAGGAGGAAUAUCAAUUUGCCAAGGAUACAACGCUCUCGAAGGAACGAAAAUUCUGUUAAACUGGCAAAACUUUAGACGUUUCUAUCUCUAUGUAAUGACAGAAUCGAUGAAGAAUCUUAUACUCAAGCAUAAAAACAUGCUUUUGUGCGAAGAUGUAAAACAGAGGUGUAAUUUGAACGAGCGUGACAUAAUUUCCGCAGCGACAUUACCCGAAUUGGAUGAAGCAUAUACAAGAAGAGUACACAAUUUCAGAUCUGUGCAAGAGUUAUAUAAAUGGAGUAGUUGUAUCUUUUAUCUGGAUAAUAUUACAACACCGAUGGUAUUCAUCAACGCGAUAGACGAUCCUAUAGUACCAGAAGUAUUAUUAAAUCCAAUUAAAGAACAUGCAGCAAAUCAUUUAAAUACAUUAUACGUGGAAUUGGCUCACGGAGGUCAUUUAGGUUUUUACGAAGGUGGUUUUCUAUAUCCAAAUCCUAUAACAUGGCUAGAUCGAACCCUGGUAUCUCUUGUUGGAUCUUUGACUCUAGCGCACGCGGAUAAGGCACUUAAAACUUCUUAAUAAUUUAAUUGAGUUUGAUUAACAUAUUUGUAUUAUUAUACGUCACAUACUAAUUGUCAUCUUGUUGUGAGAUUUGUCAACGCACUGCACUUGACUUGCAUUCGAAAUCUAUGCGAAAAGAAUGCGUCGAGAAUAGAAAUGACAAAUUAGUAAAAAUAUUUCGUAUCUAUUUAAGUCAUUUCAUGAAAUGAAAUAGACAAAUUGCAUCUUUUUACACAGGCAAUACAGGGAAAUAAUUGAUAGAUGUGAAUAUGAAAUAACACAAACGUUUGCUCACUGAUAUUUGUGAAAUUGCAGUUUCAGAAUUCCAGCCAAAUUUCAAAUAUCGCGUGACUUUAUAUAUAUACAAUUAUAGUUAAUAGAAUUUUUGUUAUUGUACAAUUUUUAGUACAAUCAAAAUUAAACGGCUUAAUUUUUUUAAAAAGAAAAAAGAAAUAAAUAAAUUUUGUAUAUUUUACUAAAUACUAACGCUUCUUUCUCAGGGAUCUUCUAUAGGAAAGAUGGUUUGAUGACAAGACCUUUAAUGGUCGUUAACUUGUUGUUAGAGUUGCUCACUGUAUAAGCGAUUAAUUAUGACGCGCACUGUCAGUUUAAUGCAAUACAGAGUAGCUUGCGUACUUUUCACCGAGAAGAAUUUGUAUUUAUGUACAAUAUAUGUAAUAAUAUAGGA